AUGGCCCAGGUAACCUGGUCCUCAUCCUCCGGCUGGUCAGCACCAAAGAUCCUCCCCUACAGCCCCCUCACGCUUGAUCCCUCCGCUAGCGUACUGCACUACGCGACCUCCUGCUUUGAAGGCAUGAAAGCCUGGCGCGGAUACGACGGGAAUCUCCGUCUGCUGCGGCCGCGGUAUAACUGUGCCCGGAUGUUGGCGUCGGCGACUCGAGCAAGUCUCCCUGGUUUCGAUACGGAGGAUCUGCUGAAUCUCAUCCGGACUGUUCUCGCCAUCGAUGGUGGAAAGUGGGCGCCUGCUACUCAGCCCGGAUCGGUGCUGUAUAUCCGGCCGACGCUGAUCGGGACGGGUGAUAAUCUGGGCUAUAAAGUGCCUGACGAAGCGAUGUUGUUCGUCAUCGUCACUGUCUGUCCGACCAUCAAUCCAUCGACGGACUCCACAGCAAUCGGGAAGAAAAUCCGUCUUCUGGCCAGCGAUGGCAACUUUGUACGUGCGUGGCCUGGCGGCUCUGGGUCUGCGAAGAUAAGCGCGAAUUACGGACCGUCGUUGCUGGCGCACCACGAGGCGAACAACGCCGGCUGCGAUCAGGUGUUGUGGUUGUUUGGGGCUGAUGGACAGGUGACGGAGGCCGGGGCGAGUAACUUUUUUGUGAUUUGGAGGACGGCGCAGGGUACGCUGGAGAUGGUGACGCCGCCGUUGGGCGACCAUACCAUUCUGCCUGGUGUGACGAGGAAAUCGGUGUUGGAGUUGGCGAGAGCGGGGUUUGAAGAUGUUGAAGCUGUGGAUGUGGUUGAGCGCAAGUUCAGCAUUCACGAUAUCAUCACUGCAGCUGGAGAGAAUCGACUCAUGUCUGCGUUUGCUGUCGGAACGGCCUUUUUCAUCGCCCAAGUCGAGCGCAUUCGGUAUGGAGGACUGGAAAUCAAUUUCUCUGACGCACCGUAUAUCGGUCUGCUCCAGAAGGGAAUGCUGGAUAUUGUUCUUGGAAAGAAACCCAGUCCAUGGACUGAUAUCAUCCAGGAGUAG